GCACGUCGCGGCGACGUUCAGUUUGCAUUUGCGCGCGCGUCUCGUCGGCGGACGCGUCUUUUCCUCUGUCGCUCCCUCGACAUUGUCUCACAUAGUUUCCCGAUUCGAAGACGAAGGACCGGGCGCGAGACCUACUGUGUCUGGAAGUGCGACUGCGUGACUAAAAGCGCGCGCGGCGCGACGAGAGUUUCGAAUCGACGCGUUUCGAGAGCACGCGCGACAGCGGGACGAAAAUAAUCGUCGCCCGCGGCAUCGUGGGUAUUCUUCUUCUUUUUCUUCUUCUUUUUUUUUUGUUUCCUUUCGAGCAGUCCUCUCGAGUGAGAAGUGCCACCAGGUUUUCUUUACGCGUCGACGAGACUCGUGAAGACGCGAGUCACUGUGCACACGCGAUCCGCGCGUGGCGACGACUCCACGACUGAGCUCCGGGUUUUCGGCAGCCGCGCUACUUUUCGGGAAAAUCGUUUUUUUUCUCUCUCUCUCUCUCUCUUUCUUUCUCUCGUCGAUGAGCAUCGACGAAACUUCCCGGCAAAUUGCGCGCACGUGGCUGAUAAUCGCGGCGUGGCAGCGCGUGCUCGAAUGAGCGAGCUGGUCUGUCGAUUUCUUGCGCUCACAACGGGAAAGAUUGCAGCCGACCGAGGCGAAUCGCCAGCCCAGACCCGGAGGAGAGGCUUAGGAAGCGGCAAGGCUUUGUCGCGUCGACUCACGAUUCCCCGAUAAAUCGCUCCGACUCUAAACGGAGGUCGCGUUAUGCGACUCUGGUGUGAUUCAUCGGAUCGUCGUGGUCAUCCAGCGGAGCACCGGGUGAUGGUUUGAUAUUUCGCGCGGCGACGGCGACGACACGCGAUACCAGAUACGACGUCGUGACUGAUAAACAAAUCACGUCACGCCCGGAAAUCAGCCAACCUCGGGCAGCUACUUGAAAUGACAAACGGCGAUUGAGCGCGCCGAAAUAUCGACGAUCAACGAUCCACCUCGGCAGAUGGUCCUCGAGCGCAUCUAGAGGAGUAACCCGCAGAGACUCUUCUGUCGACGAUGUCACCGGACAAGGAGAGGAUACCGGCGUGUUGCGCCGCGCCAGAUACCGACGUGAUCACACGGAGAGAUCGGAAAGACGAGCCGGUGGGGAACGCGGAAAGCAAGAGAACGAUGAUCCAGAAGGACGAGGAUGUCGGCGAUGAGUCGACGAUAGUCAAGGUCGAGUAUAAGCCGCGGAUCAAGUGGUUGGACCUCGUCGUGCAGAUCUUCAUACACGCCGGAGGCGUGUACGGGAUUUACCUGGCGCUCACGCAGGCCAAGCUGCUCACGACGGUGUGGGCAUUCGUAACAAUUUACACGUCCGGUUUCGGGAUUACGGCCGGCGUUCACAGAUUAUGGUCGCACAGGGCGUACAAGGCGAAAUGGCCCCUGCGUUUGCUUCUAGUCUUCCUCUUCACGAUCACCGGACAAAGACAUGUGUACGCGUGGGCGUUGGAUCACAGGGUGCACCACAAGUACAGCGAGACCGACGCGGACCCUCAUAACGCGAAGAGAGGUUUCCUGUUUGCUCACGUGGGAUGGCUGUUCACGACACCCCAUCCUGACGUGGUCGCCAAGCGCAAGGCGGUCGACAUGAGCGAUCUCGAAGCGGAUCCCAUAGUUAUGUGGCAAAAGAGAUUGUACAUCCCUCUCUUCGCGCUUUUAACCAUUGGAUUGCCAGUUAUGAUACCCUACUACUAUUGGUCGGAAUCGUUGUGGAUCUCGUUCUGGGUAAACUUCAACUUCCGCUUUUGCGUGACGCUAAAUAUCGCCUUCUUCGUCAACAGCGUUGCACACAUGUGGGGUCAGCGGCCGUACGACAAAAACAUCUCUCCGGUGGAGAACGUCGCGGUAUCGAUCGCGGCGCUCGGCGAAGGCUGGCACAAUUACCACCACGUGUUCCCGUGGGACUACAAGACCGGCGAACUCGGCGACUACUCCUUCAACAUCACCACCGGCUUCAUCGACGCGUUCGCGUGGGUCGGCUGGGCCUACGACCGGAAGUACGUCUCGCCGGCGAUGAUCCGUCGCAGGGCGUGCCGUUCGGGCGACGGCAGCCACGUCUGGGGCUACGGCGACGUCGACGUCACUAAGGAAGAUCUGGAGGAGCUGAGGAUGAUGGAGAAGCGCGAGUUGUGAGAAGGCGAGCCGCAUCGUAUACGCUUGUCAUCGCGGCCGGAUCCUCCCGACGAGGAUGAAUUCGUCGUGGAUGCUAAAGAUUGGCGUUUUCUGUGCGUCGUGUGCGCGGACCACUCGAAUCCUUCGCGGACGAACCGGAAUUAUAGAUCAUUCCCUUGUCUUUGCGUUCCGAUCAAAGAAAGUUCCAUGUAUACUGGGGUGCAAUAAAUGUCGGGAAAUAAUUUAUAUUGGAAAUAUUGUAUUGGUAUUGUAAUGGAAGAGAGAGAAAGAGAAUGUAUGUGGGUGUGUGAGAGAGAAUGAGAGAUUUUUGAGUCGAGAAACGGAAGUACAGUCGCGACUCUCGAUUAUAACUCACGAGGAAAAACUGAAGUUCCUCGGGUAACGGGAACCACAGAAAUGUCUCGCGGAAAAUUCAUCAUGAGUCAAGCGGAAAUUUCGAAUUUCUUAGGUGUAGUACUACGAGGUUAAUCGCGGUACUGAACGUUGGAAAUUGAUUGUUUGCUUUGCGAUGAAACAAGGUUUGCGACAUGCAAACCUCGGUUUAUGGUAAAACAAGGCUGUAUGAUGGCGAUUCUACGCGAUUGAUAGAUCUGGAAGUUCGCGCAUAUAAUCGAGAGUUUAUUGUAAUACACAUAACACAAAUAAAGCGUUGUUCCCCUGACACAACUCGUGCGGUAGUCGCGAGAACCUCCAUUUCGUCGGAUGGACCAGCGAGAUCUUCGCGACAGAACCGCGCACGUAUAUCAUGCGUUCUGAUUUAUUCUUUGAUGAAUUUCUGCGUUCUCGAGAGACCUCUCUCAGCUUCCGGCCAAAAAUGCAUAUCCGCACAACUUCCCGCAUUCUGACGCACGAAUUCCCGCAUUCUCGCACGAACGAGAGUCGUAUAAAUACAGUAACGUUCUCUCGAUGGAAUAUUCACCGUGCAUAGUUCCUAAUUCGCGUACGCGUGAAGUUCCGUCCGCCACGCCGGAAGGCCUAACGCCUUCCCUUCGUCUCCCUAAACUUUGAUUUUCCAAAAAACAGACAAUGUACCAAAAAAAUGAGUCGUCUAAGCCGCAACUCAGAAAUCGUUCGAAUAAAAGUCUCUGUGCGCAACGCGGUUCCAACGUCUCGUUAAACUUGUAUAUGUCGAGUAUAUAAUUGUGCGUGAGAAUAUAUAGAGUGUAGUAGUGUAAGCAACCGCACAUACAUCAUUGUGUAAUUGA